GUGGCGCAGGCAAGCUUUCAACAUAGUGGCAACUGGAUGACUCCUUCCUUUCCCCGAGCAAAGGACGACAUUUUUCACGUCAGUCUUCUUCAUUCAGGUAGAGCCAUUUUCAAGUCACCUAAUUACCUUUCUUCUCUCGGCGCAGUCAGCAAGAACUAGCAGGCUUUCCAAGCAAGACUACGGAUAUCUAAGUUGCUAACGAGGCAACGCCACAUUCACGGGCCUCAGUUCUUGGCGUCGCGUAACUUUUGGCCCAGAGCUGUUCAGGAUUUCGCAGCUCUUGAGCGACUCCAAACUCUCGUCGCCACGAUCAAGAUUACGAUCACCAGGCAACAUGUCGACUCUUGCUGAUGAACUCCUUCAAGAUUUCGAAGACUCGGGCUCUGAGGCCGGAGAUGACCAGCAAGACGAUGGCUUCCUUGAUGGAUUAGGCACCGGCGCAGUUGAAAAUGGCGAUCGCGACGUUGACAUGGAGGAUGGAGAUGAAGACGAGAAGAUGGGGGACGUGGAGGGCGGCGUGAUUGACACAACUGAUGACCCCGAAGAGACAAAGGCAAAGAUUGAGAAGAUGCAGCUUGGUGGUGUCCGCGACGUUCGCACCGUCGCGGGUCUCAUGAAGACGCUGGAGCCAGUGCUCGAGAAAAUCGCAUUCUAUCAGGCCCAGCCGCCGCAGUCCGCCGACAUUGGAAACAUCGAGGAUCAUCCCGAGUACCGCCUCUUGACGCAGUCAAAUACCCUGUCUACGUCCAUCGAUAACGAGAUAGUUCUGGUCCAUAAAUUUAUUAGAGACCAUUACGGAACACGUUUUCCAGCCCUCGAAUCCCUAAUCACCAAUCCCGUGGAAUUCGCAAAGGUCGUCGCCAUAUUGGGAAACGGGCCCUUGGACGCAGAAAACAUCAAACUCAAGCAAAACUCAACGGACAACCCGCUAGGCGUGACACUGAAAUCGGUUCUAGACGGGCCAUCCCUUAUGAUCGUUACUGUCGAAGCGACGAUCUCGAAAGGACGGGAGUUGUCACAAGACGAGCUAGAUCGAGUCAUCAGGGCUUGCGAGAUGGUCAUUUCCCUGGACAAGGCAAAGAGGACCCUCACGGAAUACGUGCAGUCGCGCAUGAGUGUCUUUGCGCCGAAUCUUACCGCCCUGAUCGGCUCACUAACGGCGGCGCAACUGCUCAACGCCGCGGGUGGUCUGACCGGCCUUUCCAAGGCUCCGGCAUGCAAUCUCGCAGCGUGGGGAUCCAAGAAGAGGGCAAACAGCGCCCUGGCGACGAACAUUGGAAUCCGUCAGCAGGGCUACAUCUUCAACUCCCCCGUUAUCCGCACCGUCGCCACCGACCAAAAGAAGCAAGCGAUACGCAUGUUCGCUAACAAGAUCGUCCUGUGUGCGCGAAGCGACUGCUUCCACCAGUUCCGCGAUGGAUCCGAGGGUGAGAGGCUCAAGGAUGAGUGUCUGGAGCGGCUCGAAAAGAUCAGCCAGAAACCGCUAGGCAAGGGCGCCCGAGCCCUCCCGGUGCCCGACGACAAGCCCAGCCGGAAGCGAGGUGGGCGGCGCGCGCGCAAGGCCAAGGAGGCCACGGCGAUGACGGAUCUCCGGAAAGCCCAGAACCGGAUGGCAUUUGGGAAGGAGGAGAAGGAGGUCGGCUACGGCACAGGCGACCAGACCGCCGGCAUGGGCAUGAUCGGCCAGCAGGGGGACGGCCGGCUGCGGGCCACGCAGAUCGACAACCGCACGCGGGCAAAGCUGAGCGCCAAGAGCAAGGGCUGGGGCGGCGCAACAAGCCUGAACACGGGUGGCGGCGUGUCGUCGCUCAAGGGAGGCCUCGGGGCCAGAGGGGCAGGGAACAUCAGCCUUCAGGGCAAGGGCCUGCGGACGUCGGGCGUCGGGAGCACGGUGGGCUCGACGGCGGGGACAGUCUCGUCGCUGGCCUUUACGCCGCUGCAGGGUCUCGAGCUCGUCGACCCAAAGGUCCAGGCCGAGAUGAGCCGCAAGCGCAAGGCCGACGAGGACCGCUGGUUCAAGGGCGGCACCUUCACCCAGGUCUCGGGGGCUGCUUCCUCGUCCGGGGGUUCCGCGAACGGUGCUGCCUUCAAAAAGCCCAACUUGCCGCCGGCGAAGCGUGUCGAUACGGGGGCAACGAAGGGGUCCAACUAGGCACAUAGCCUAGCGGUUGGCUACGUUGGGAGCUUUCCCGGCAGUGAUGGCGGCACAGGCACAGGUGGCUACGGAUGCCGCGGAAAGGAUUAUUGCAUUCUACAAGGCGUCUAGGAGUGGGAGGGAUUGAAAAGGCCAUUUCAGCUAGGGUUGACCCGUUUGUACAGUACAUUGCUGAAGCCUCGACACGGCAUAUCAUACACCAAGGGAGUUAUUUAGAGGGUGUUGAGCCUUUGAGCAGA